UCAGCCUCAAACCCCCCCUCCUGUCACAGGCAACACUGCGUUAUCGCGUACGACCGUGCACAGUCCCUGAGCCAGGUUUCUGGUGGCAAGGCCACUGCCACAAUGGCGCAUCCUUCAGGCACCGGAGGCACGGCACUUGCUCCAACCCCUACCCAUCCACAUCACUUGUCGCGGGAAUCCAGCAAAGAAGAACUAGACAUGGCCGAGAGUCUUCGGCGACUGAAUCAGGCUCAAGAUGCUCACAUGUCAAACACGCAUUCACCCUCAAGAGAGCAACCACAGCCAGGCACACCGCAGGACGACCAAAAGUCAGAGAUCUACCACUCACUCGAGGAUGCUGUGCCUAUCGCGGGGGCGUCGGCUUCACCGGCACCUACCACCUCGUUAUCUUUUCUACCACGGGAUGCCGGCGGUAGUAGCGCGCCCAUAAUUGGGCAGGUUUGCAGUAACUGUAGGACUACCCAGACACCAUUAUGGCGUCGUUCCCCAACAGGCGAGACCGUCUGCAAUGCCUGUGGACUCUACAUCAAAGCAAGAAACCAGCAACGCCCUGUCAACCUCAAGCGCAACACUCCUUCGCAAUCAGCCGUGCCGGUGCAACAAAGUCCAACACCUAGCGCUACCGCCAACCGAGAUAUUUCUCCAGGAAACCUUGCUGCGUCGCCCCGAGUCGCAACCUAUGUUGCUGCAGACCAGAUGGCGGCAGGGACCUGUCCAGGAGGAGGCAGGUGCAACGGCACGGGAGGUCAGCAAGGCUGCAGUGGCUGCCCAGCUUUCAACAACCGCGUAUCCAAGACGGCCAAAUUCGCGUUGCAACAGGCGAAUGCUACUCCAGGUCCAGGCGAUGCCGCGAGCGAGAACACACCUGGCCCUUGCUCAGGUCCGGCAUCCACGAGUGCAAUCCCAGCAUGUCAGAACUGUGGCACCACCAUCACACCACUCUGGAGAAGGGACGACGCCGGUCACAUCAUCUGCAAUGCGUGCGGACUGUACUUCAAGCUCCACGGCACCCACCGACCUGUUGCCAUGAAGAAGCAAGAGAUAAAGCGCCGCAAGCGCGUGGUUCCUGCUGGUGACACCGCUUCGCAAGCUGCGCCGUCUGUCUCAGGCUACUCUCCACCUCCACGCACGUCGCAGACACCCACCGGAUCAGCGUCUCCCGACCCCAUCGAAUCGCGCGAGCAAUAUACUCCCGAACCCAGGGGGCCUUUGGCGGUCGACUUUACCCACUACCGUAACAACAACAAGCUCAGCGUCACAUCCAACCCAACGACACAUCCCGGCGCACCUUCGCCACGAAAACGCAGUCUCAGCGCUACCAUGGACCCUGAGGAGCUUCCUGCGAAAGCCACGACCCCCGCACCGCACCGACCGAACGCGAUAUCGUCCAUUCUGAACCACCCGCGCUCCGAAGAGCACAACAUCGAUCCAUCUUUAUCCGUACCUUUGCGGCAGUCAGGGGCUUCAUCGCCCAACCCGACCGCGACCCAGGAAGACAAAGUAGCGAGAAGAGAACGGCUGAUCCGCGAACAGGAGGCCGUGAGGAAACACUCAGCAAGAAUAGAAGCCGAGCUAGCCGAACUGGGGCAUGAUUGAAAAUUACCAGGCGUUCAGGCCAGCGAAACCCAGUGGGUUGGCCUUUUAAUAUUUGGGGCAAAAUGACGAAUCACGAAAAGCGAAUUCUAGACGGGCUGGGACGGUGUUUUGCUUGAGCGUGUCUGUACGCUGUCGCGGCGCGAAGGAAUACCCUUUCGCUUUUCACAGCGACCGGCCGACACUUAUCCCUUCCCGGGGAGGCGUUUGGACCGGGAUGGAAUUGCUAGCCAGGGCGGUUGGAGAGUUCUCAGUGCAGACUCGCAACGUCAGCCUCAUACUUUGACUGUGGUCAGGGUUAUUUG